AUGGUAUUCCCUCGAUCUGUUUUGGUGACCGGUGCAAAUCGUGGAAUUGGUCUAGGAUUAGUUCAACAAUUUUUGAAACAUUCUGAAGUUCAAAUAAUUAUUGCAACUGCACGGGAUGUUUCUAAAGCAACGGAAUUGAAUGCAAUCAAAGAUCCACGACUUCAUGUUCUGCCAUUAAUUGUGACUUGCGACAAAUCAAUUGAUAUUUUGGUAAAAGAAGUCGAGAAAAUCGUUGGUGAACAAGGUUUGAAUUUAUUGGUUAAUAAUGCUGGAAUUUUGUCAAAAUAUACCACAAAAUCGGUGAGUAUUGAUAAACUAAUGGUGCCUAGACAAUAUCAUGAAUAUCCAGGAACCAUCUCGCGCCAUUCUUCAAGAACAGAUCAAUGUCAAUUCUAUCAGCGUAGUCCUUGUUUCUCAAAAAUUCUUGCCACUUUUACAAAAAGGCGCCGGUAAGAGCACAGCUCCAGAUUUCACUGUCGGAAAAUCAGCGAUUGUCACAAUUUCAAGCCGUCUGGGAUCGAUUGGUUUAAAUGUUGAAGGAUCCGGAUGGUUUGAAGGUUUGGCUUAUAGAAUGAGCAAGGUAAUUAGACCAAUUAGGUAAUUGGAAAAUCAACUAAUUUCAGAGCGCUGUGAAUCAAUUCAAUCGAACAAUUGCUGUGGAUUUGGAGGCUGAUGGAAUAUUGGCUGUUGCUUUCUGUCCCGGAUGGGUUCAAACUGAUUUGGGAACAUCCAACGCUUUGUUAACCGUGGGGCAGUCAGCUUCAGCUUUGGUGAAUAGUUUCAGUAAAUUGACCAAGGAACAUAAUGGUGGAUAUUUUACUAGAGAGCUUGAAGUUAUCCCAUUCUAG